ACAAAAAUGUUCUCCCCCUUAAAAUGUCCCAAAAUCAUCAUCACGCCCUCCAUCCAAACACGCCCUCCAACCGGCGCGGGGACCAAAUGGAAACCCAAUUCCCACGCGGCCGGGAAUGCACCAGCCUCCGGCGAGCGCUCAUGGUCGAGAAAUGGAAGGAAAAUUCCGCCAGAAACACUUUCCCGGCUGAGUCAACGACAACGGCCGCCAACUCCGCUGCCGGAGACCGGUCCGCCAAGCCGAAGAAGUCGAGCGCCGCCGUGAGUUUUCACGGCGACUUGAAGAAGAUCAAAACGCCUAUUUCUCCCGGCAGGAAGCUGUGCAACUUGCUGAACUCAAUCUUCGGCGCGAAGACCAAACACCGCCGGGAACCGCCGCCCGCGGAGGAGGAACGGAGGAAUUCGGUGAGGAAAUCGAGAUCGAUGAGGACAUCGACCCACCCGGCGUCUUGCCUGAGCAAGGGGACGGCGCCGUCUAAAUCGAAAAGAAGCGUUAGGUUUUGCCCCGUCGACGUGAUUCUCGACGGCGGCGGCGGCGGCGGCCGAUUAAUCAGGGACCACAACGUCAACAGUUUUCGAGAUUUACAAGGAGAGAAGUACCGGAACGACGACGAGGAUGACGGAAUGAGCUGUAGCAGUUCGGAUCUGUUUGAGCUCGAGAAUAUCGGCGGCGGCGGGGAAGCAAAUGGGGACGAAUUGCCGGUUUAUGGAACCACAAGUUUGAAAAUGAAUAAAGCCAUUUCCCAUGGGGUGUUUAUGUAAUUUACACAUUUGGUUAACCUUAGAUUGUGUCCUUAUUUGGGAAUUGGGAUCAUAUUUUGUGUUGGUGCCCUUUUGUUUUAGGCAUCAUGUCACAGACCGUUUUGUUUUUUUUACUAUGGCUGCUCUAUACCACU